AUGAGUGUCCGCGCAGAAAUAGGUAUGCUGGACAAUGUAGACGGUUCAUCUCAAUUCGUGUCACAAGAUACCAAGAUUAUUUGUUCUGUAACGGGUCCCAUUGAAGCAAAGGCAAGACAAGAACUGCCCACACAGCUAGCGCUAGAAAUUAUUGUACGUCCCGCAAAGGGCGUGGCCACUACUAGAGAAAAACUACUUGAAGACAAAUUGCGCGCGGUACUGACUCCACUCAUCGCCCGUUAUUGUUAUCCAAGACAACUUUGUCAAAUAACUUGUCAAAUCUUGGAAUCUGGUGAAGACGAACCGGAAUUCUCUCUAAGAGAACUAAGUUGCUGUAUAAACGCCGCAUUUUUGGGUUUAGUGGACGCAGGAAUCGCCAUGAAUAGCAUGUGCGCAAGCAUCCCAAUCGCCAUCAUGAAGGACUCAAAUGAAAUCAUUGCAAAUCCCACCGCUGAGCAGUUGAAGACAUCGGUAUCCGUUCAUUCUCUGGCCCUAGAGUUUGUCGAUGGCGGUAACGUGAUAAAAAACGUCUUAUUGCUGGAUAGCAAUGGUGAUUUCAAUGAAGACCAAUUGUUCAACGUGCUGGAGCUCGGUGAACAAAAAUGUCAAGAACUUGUCCAGGAUUUAAGAAAAAUAAUACAGGACGGAAUAUCCCCUUGUCUAGUCGUGUAA